GUUCACUUGGGAAGGACGAACGCUGAAGCUCAUCGGACAUCGCAAGGACCCAGCGUUGCUGAAGGACCACAAGAGCGGAGAAGUUCUGUGGGAGUUUGACAGCAGUACCAAGUUCUUCUUCCCCUGGGCACGGGAGCACUUCAACGUGCAGGUCAACAGCCAGAGGGUUCAGAUCAUCUCUAAGAUCAGCGGGCAAGUGAUCGGCAACUGCCUCAAGAAAGACGCGGAGAUCGGCGACGCCAUGAUCAUGCAGUCAGUGUCCAAGGAGAUGGUUCCCCUGGUGCAGAAACUCGGGUUGCAAGCUCACAUGAGAAAGGACAUCAUCCUUGUCCAGGUGGUUCGCGAUUUCUCUGAGGACCUGGUGAGCAAUGGGGAGGAGGGGAAGUCUUCUCAACUUCGAGCCUCGUCCGGGGACAUCCUUGUUGUCCUCAGGCUGGGGCACCAGGGCUGGAACUUCGGCAAGGUCGUUAUGGAUAGAUCGGGGACGAGGUACUUUCAGAAGGACCUCAACACUGGCUGGGGAGCCGAAGGAUGGUUCCCGUCCUCAUAUGCAGCCUCCGUCCACGAGAUUCAUCAUUGGAGGUCCAAGAACGUCCGAGUACAGCAGGACGUGCAUGGAGAGAAGACAACAGUCACUGAGCUGCCCUCAGGCGAUGUGCUGUACAGGGGGCCCAAGGAACCGUGCGUCGUCCACUGGUUUGCCCCCACCUCCUCUUAGCAGUUUUCCCAAGUCUUGUCAUAAUAAAACUGAUAGACCUGC